CCUUAGAGAGUCAGUCUGUGGGUCGGUGUCCGGCUAGGUCUAAGUGGUGAGGAGUGGGACUCUUGUCAUGCACGUGACACCACGAUGGAUGACUAUCCGAUGUAUGGGUUGCUUGUUGGGUUCUCCCUCUGGGGGACCCUCUGGCGUCUCCUAUUCCCUCGGGGGUUCUGGCACACCUUUACGUGUAGAGUAGAUACCCGGGGUGGUGCCUCCACUAAGCCGUACACGAAGGAGGAGGAGGAGAAGAUGGCCGCCGUCCUGAGGGAAAGAAAGGAGAAGAAAGAGGUCAAGAAGAAGGCCUUACAGGAGGAGCAGGUGGCCAAGCUGAAGAAGAUAGAGGAAGAGAUGGCCAGAGAGAAGGACAGAAUAAAGAAAGAGGAAGAGGAGAAGCUGAAAGAGGUGGAAGAGGAAGAGGAGGAAGAUGAAAUGCCACUGCAAAAGGAAGAGGGGGCAGAAGCCGCUAUGAGAGCCUGGGACGCAGAGGAAGAUGUCAUAAAGCGGCAGGCGAUGGAAGAUGAGAAGAGGAUGGAGUGGAAACUGGCAGUGAUGAGGGAGAAGAAGAGGAGAGUGGACGCGGCAGCAGAUGCGGCGGAAGAAUUGGAGGAGGUAAAAAAGGUAGAAGAGCAAUUAGCCGCCCAAGCUGAACUCCCAAAGAAAAUGGAGGUCAUAGCCCGAAACGUCGCACACUUAGCGCGAAUUCAGGCAGAGCAGUAUGACUUCACUAGGAGUCAGCAUAUAGCUGUGCGUUCGAUACGAUUGGGAUUUCGGGACUUUGCUCGUGAGUUGGUGGGAGCUGUAGGAGCCAAGGUGGGCCACCGCCUCGACAAGACGGAGCGGUUUUGUGCUGGCGCCAUCGAAGGCGUCAAGGCGGCGGCUCCCAAGCAGGAGGAAGCACGUCCUCGCCGGGAGCCGGUCAAAGUCAAAUUCCCUGAUUCCUAUAGUGGAAAACGGUAAGAAAACUUUGACAGUUGGGAAGCCAAUGUCAAGACCUAUGUGCAUCUGGAACAGGUCUCCCCGGAUCAGCAUGUUCUAAUUGCGAUCCACGCG